AUGGACGGACUAGAGGAGCUCCAGUCACUCAGCGCCCUAGCCAAAGUCACUGAAAUGCUCAAAAACUACCUCGAAAUCGAUCAACCAGAGUUAGCGGAGUUUGUGAUAUAUUUAGCGAAGAAGGCUAGGGAUCUGGACGACUUUAAUAAACUAUUGGACGAGAAUGAAGCUAACAUGAGCUUCGAUUUUGUCAACCAACUCUAUCGCACCAUCAUCACACUCGAUCCUCCAAAACAUGUGGAUGAAUGGGAUAAGAUAAUAAAGAGUAACAGUGACGAGAGUAAUUUUCCGGCACUUUCACUCAAAAAUGACCCAAACCGUAAGGAACUCACACUUCCUCCUCCAACUGUUGAAUUAUCGGAAUGGGCUAGAGAAUUAAUUAAUAAAGAAAAUCCAAACCCUAAACCCCAAAACCACAAACACACACAAAAACAUUCACACUCUGAUCAAUACACACACACUGAUAAAUACACACAUAAAGAUAAUUAUAGGGAUAAACACACACGCAAUGAUAAACAUACACACGCUGAUUAUAGGGAUAAACAUAGGGAUAAAUAUGAUGAAAAGUAUAAAUCUGAUGAUCAGGAAUAUGAGAAUGACAUAAUGAAUAAUAAGAGGCGAUAUAUAAAUGAUAUAGAAAGAUGGGAGAACCAGCAGUUAUUGAAGAGUGGAAUAUUAAGCAGUGAGGAAAAAUCAAGGUUAAAGGCUGAGUUGGAGUUGGAAGAGGAACCGCAACCUGAAGUCACUAUCAACUUAAAUCCUCCCAAUUUUCUCAAAGGACAAACCAUAAGAUCGGGGAUAGUAUUAUCACCGAUCAAACUAGUUGCUAAACCUGAGGGUUCUUUACAGAGAACCAUCACCACUUCUCUACAAAUACAAAAUGAACUCAAAUCCCUUAAUCGCGAUUCUACACAUUCUACACACUCUACACACACUUCACACAGUCAACACAGUACACACACUAUACACACUAUACACACUGCAGCAACACACCGUAUCGCAGGAGAACCUAGAACGAACCGGAGUAUCCAGGAGGAAAGAAGAGGCUUACCAAUAUUUAAACUGAGGGAUGAGAUAAUUAGGGAAAUAAUUGAGAACCAAAUUCUCAUUGUGAUUGGUGAAACCGGUAGCGGUAAAACCACACAAAUCCCACAAUACCUCUACGAAUCACACUUUCACCACUAUCACACCUUUCUCACAUUAAUACACAAUACCACAGAUAAUACCACAGAUAAUAGUGUAGAUAAUAGUACAGAUAAUACUGUAGAUAGUGUAGAAGGUACUGUACAAACUGCUGCGGUAACUGCUGCUGAUAGAGUAAAUAAAGCAAAUAGAAUAAGUUGUAUGAUUGGAAUAACGCAGCCUAGAAGAAUUUCGUGUAUAAACAUAGCGAAGCGUGUGAGUGACGAGAUUGGUUGUACGGUUGGCGAUGAGGUGGGAUAUUGUAUACGUUUUAGUGACGUCACUAGUGAUAAAACUAUUAUCAAAUACAUGACCGAUGGGAUGUUAUUAAGGGAAAUUCUACAUGAUCCUCUUUUAACAAAUUAUACAACCAUUAUGUUGGAUGAGGCGCAUGAAAGAACCAUCGCAACUGACGUUUUAUUCUCACUUCUCAAGGUAUCCCAAAGGAGUGAUUUUAGAUUAAUAGUGACGUCGGCCACAUUGGAGAGUGAGAAGUUUAGUAAAUAUUUUUUUAAUUCGAAGAUUUUUAAAAUUCCCGGCCGUUCAUUUCCCGUUGAAAUUUUUCACUCAAAGGAACAAGAAUUUGACUACCUCGAAACUUCUUUAAUCACCGUUUUAAACAUUCAUCUCAAUGAAAAACCCGGUGAUAUUCUACUCUUUCUUACUGGAGAAGAGGAUAUAGAGACUGGUAUAAAAAUAUUGGAGGAGAGGUUGAACAAGUUGAAGAGCAUGAACAUACCGAAGUUACUUUUAUUUCCCGUGUAUUCCGCAUUACCUCAGGACCAACAACAACAAAUAUUCCAACCUGCACCCCCUGGAACCAGGAAAUGCAUUCUUGCCACCAAUAUCGCCGAAGCCUCAAUUACUAUUGAUGGAAUAUUAUAUGUGAUUGAUCCUGGACUUUGUAAAAUCAAAUCAUAUAAUCCUAAAACUGGAAUGGAGAGUUUGAUUGUGACGCCGAUAUCGCAAGCGAAUGCUAAGCAGAGGGCUGGCAGGGCUGGUCGUACGGCGCCUGGAAAAUGCUUCCGUCUGUAUACUGAGAAAACUUUUCAUGAGGAAAUGCUACCCACACCAAUUCCCGAAAUCCAACGCGUUAAUCUCACCAACGUCGUUAUUAUACUAAAGUCUAUGGGAAUCAAUGAUUUCAUACAUUUCGAUUUCAUGGAUAAACCUUGUAAUGAGAUGUUAAUUGAUGCUUUGGAUAUAUUAUAUCAUUUGGGAGCACUGGACGACGAAGGCCUACUCACACACUUAGGCAGGAAAAUGGCACAAUUCCCCAUCGAUCCCACUCUCUCCAAAAUACUAUUGUAUUCGAUAGAGAUGGACUGUUAUAAUGAGAUAAUAACGAUAAUAUCGAUGUUGUCUGUGCAGAACAUAUUUUACCGUCCCAGUGAUAAACGGGAAAAGGCUGACCAAUCCCGGCGUAAAUUCUUCCAACCUGAAGGAGACCAUCUCACUUAUCUCCACAUUUAUAACCAAUGGUCACACAACCAAUUCUCCAAUUUCUACUGCUACAAUAAUUUCCUACAGUAUAGAGCGUUGAUAAAGGUACAAGAUAUAAAGAAGCAGUUGAUAUCGAUAAUGGACAAGUACAAGUUUAUGCACCGGCGUGACAAACUUUCAUUCGAAGGCUUGAGUAAAACUGAACGCAUUCAAAAGUGCAUUUGCAGCGGCUUCUUCCACCACUCCGCUAAACGCGACGAAGAGUCAUACCGCACACUACUAGACGAACAAAAAGUCUACAUACAUCCCUCCUCAUCACUCUUUCAAAGAAAUCCUGAGUAUGUGUUAUAUCAUGAGUUGAUAUUGACGAGUAAGGAGUACAUGCGGGACUUAACGGUAAUCAAAUCCAAAUGGCUACUCGAACUCGCACCAACCAUGUUCAUCUCAACCGGGAAAUCAAUCUCCAAACAUUCCAAUGUGAAGAUAAAGCCGUUGUAUAAUAGAUUUGAGAAGGACCAAGACUCCUGGCGAUUAUCCAAACGCAAAUUAUAAUUUCAUACAAUUAAUCAAAUUAUUAAAUAAUUAAUCAAAUUAUUAAAUAAUUGGUUAAAUUAUUAAA